AGAGCAGCCACACUUUACGGCAUUGUGUAAGUAUGGCCUCGCACUUCAGCGGUGUGCUUCAGUUGACCGACCUCGAUGAUUUUAUCACCCCCUCUCAGGUAGGGAAACUUAUUCCUACAGGUUAUAACAGAAUAAUGAGCUUUAAAGGAGACACAGUUAAAUAAAAACCCUCAUGAUUCCCUUUUUAGACGUUUGUUAGCUUGUCUAUUGUCUCUUAUCUGAUCUUGUCGAUGUUAUCGUGCGAAGAAAAAGCCAGAAAAACCAGAUACAGCGACUCAAACGCUUAAAUUAACGUGUCACUUAUUUGGUUUGACUCUUAAAUAUUGACCAUGAAGCUCAUAAAGGCUGAAAAAGUCAAAUGCGCAUUUAACUGGUAGCUUCCUGCUAAUAUUAGCAAUGAUGUAAUGAUGAUGAAACAACAGUGUAAGAACAAUUCUCAACCUGAUUUUGUGCCUAAAAAUACAUGAUAUGAUCAAAAUAAUACGUAGUUAUGUUCAAGUUAAUCAGGUUAGUUUGUAUUAUGAUGAUCUGACACUUAAAAUGGAUUAAAUGUUACUGAUUCAGGUCUGUUUGUUCUGUGCUGAUUGUAUCUGUUCAGUCAUGUAGUUUUGUGCCUCUGCUGUAGGAAUGUGUCAAGCCGGUCAAAAUAGAGAAGAAACAAGGAAAAUCUUUGGCCAAGAUUCAAAUAGAAGAUGAUGGCAGCUACGUCCAAAUCAACCAGGUGGGCUUCAGAGACUGUGUGUGAAAUUCAGAGUAUUGUUCCACUAUAUGUGGGCUUCAGUCAUAAACAUCUCAGCAGACUACAUUAAGAUCAUGCAUGAAUAUAGUGUGAAGGUGCUGGAUGAAGAAAAGAAUCAUAUGUGAUAACUUUGCACAGGUUUAUUAUCAGAUUUUGUUCUUUUUCCAGAAGGGAAAACUUUGAAAAAUGUCAGAUUCUUCUUUAAAGGGAUAUUUCGUAAAACUAAUUUAGGGUCAAACACACCGUAACACCGAAUUAGACACCCCCUCUAGAGAUGAAUGUUGCCGACCGCUUGCUUCUCUGGUUAUACCAACUUUAGUAAUGACCGCACAAUAGCAAUACAGGGCAGGGAGCCAUAAAUAAACCUCCUUGUGUUUUAGGACGGUGGGAAGCAGAAGCUGGAGAAAGCAAAGAUCACACUGAACGACUGUUUGGCGUGUAGUGGCUGUAUCACAUCUGCUGAGAGUGUCCUCAUCACACAGCAGAGUCACGAGGAGCUCUUUAAAGUGCUGCACAAUAACAAGGUAGACGCUGAUGUGCAAACUUCUCUGCCUUUUUAAUUAGGUUUUCUGUUAUUUCUUCAUUGACACAUCUUUCUGACCUGCUCCACAGGCAAACGAGGCAGAGCAGAAGGUUGUGGUGGUGUCAGUGUCUCCACAGUCCAGAGCUUCUCUCGCAGCGCGCUAUGACCUCAGCAGCAGCGAGGCGGGCAGGAGGCUCACGUCUUUCUUUAAAGGCCUUGGUGAGGGCAAAGCUAUCGAUCUACUCUGUUUACAGCUCAAAACAAAAUAGCCAAGAGGAUGAUCAAAGCAGAUGCACUGACUUCUGAAGAUUUCCGUCAUUGUUACAGGGGUUCAUUAUGUAUUUGAUACAAGCUUCAGUCGGACCUUCAGCCUGCUGGAGAGCCAGAGGGAGUUUGUGGAGCGUUUUCAGCGGAAGGAGCAAGACAAAAACUGUUUACCUAUGAUGACAUCAGCCUGUCCAGGUAGGAGCACUGAAAUCCUCUGUGAUUCAGAUCAAUCAAAGUAAAAAACUGUGGAUUCUUUUACUAGACACUAUAAUAAACUAAUAAUUCAGGUUUAGCUGUGUUUGGUAGCUAAAGAACUCGUCAUAAUCCUGCUAAACUUUCUGACAGAAGAUCAUUGAAAGCAGCUGAAAUCACAUUUUCUUGUUUUGCACGUGUGUGUUUGCGUCUGUGUGUUUUAGGGUGGAUCUGCUAUGCUGAGAAGACCCACGGGGAGUUUAUCCUGCCUUACAUUAGCACCACUCGGUCCCCUCAGCAGAUGAUGGGCUCUCUGGUCAAGGGUUAUUUUGCGGAACAAAAGGUACCAGAUCUCUUGCACCUGUUUCUUUGAUUCACAUUUAAUAGCUGGUCAUAAUAGCUGUCAUGAAUGCACGUACAUGCAGAGUUUUUAAAGCAGACAGAAAAACAAGUUGCUAUUGAAUUGUGUGUGUGUGUGUUGUGUGUGAUCUUAGGGAAUAGGUCCACAGCAGAUCUACCACGUGGCAGUGAUGCCCUGCUUUGACAAGAAACUCGAGGCCUCCAGGUCAGACUUCUACCUGAAUUCAGCUGAGACCCGAGAGGUGGACUGCGUCAUCACCUCCGGUACAGUAACUACUCAUGAUGCUGUUUGUGUGCAUAUAUGUUUAAGUAUCAUCUCCUUUAUGUUUUUCACUAUUUCCUCUUACAGGAGAGGUUCAGAAAAUGCUGGAGGAGAAAAAUGUGUCUCUCAGUGACGUGGAGUCUGCACCCCUCGAUGUUAUGUAAGCUGAAGGACCUUUAAAGAAAGCCAUGGCAUGAAUUUUUCCUCUUUAUGACACUUAGAUAUUAUUCUCAUCACAGGUUCAGCAGUGUGAGUGGUGGCGAGUUCCUCAGCCAUGCUGGGAGCGGGUCAGGCGGUUACCUCCAUCAUGUUUUCAUCAAUGCAGCUAAGCAGCUGUUUGGGGAGGAGGUGAAGAAGCUCACCUACAAGACCCUCAGGUGAGUCUGCUUUUAGGAGCUCUGUGAUCAUAUGUGGUUUGAGCUCAUUAUGCCUCCUUAAAGCAGAGCUCCAGUUCAUUCAAAUAAGUCUCAUCAGCUCAGAAUAGCCGACCAUGUAGAUCCCGUUUAAUUAUAAAGUCACUAAACGAGGAUGCAUCACUCGUUUGGAGAAGAGCCCAACUUUUGCAGAAUCAGAAACACUUUGGAUUAUGAUUAAGAAUUUCUGCUGAACACUAAGAUAUUUAUUUAACCCCUCUAUCACAGGAAUAAAGAUUUUCAAGAGGUGACUCUUGAGAAAGAUGGAAAAGCCGUUUUGUGCUUUGCUUCCACUUACGGCUUCCGUAACAUCCAGAAUCUGGUGCAGAAACUCAAGAGGGGGAAGUCACCCUACGACUUUGUUGAAGUAAUGGCCUGUCCGUCAGGUAAGUGAAAUGUUUGGCUGUUAAUUCUGCACUACUCUCCCUCUGCUCUUAUCAUUACAGCAUACAAUUAAUACUAUUUUCUUACAAAUGUCUCCGCUCGUCUAUUCUGAUAAACUUCAGGUUGUCUGAACGGUGGUGGACAGCUGAAGCCGUUACCCGGUCAGAACCCGAAGGAGCUGCUCCAGAAGGUCGAUGAGCUCUACAAGUCAGAGCGCUCCCUGUCUCCAGAAGAGGACGUACGGGUGGCUGAGCUGUAUCAGUCCUGGCUGCACAGUGUCGGGGAGGAGAGAGCCAAAGAGCUGCUGCACACACAGUACCACACCGUGGAGAAGAUGACAAACGGACUCACCAUGAAGUGGUGAUGAACGCUUUUCGCUGUUGUGUUUUAAUUUGCAAGAAUUUUUCAUCAGUCCAGGAGCAGAUCUGACUCUUGAGAGUGAAGAGCUGUGGAUCAAGUUGAAUAUAUACUGACGCAAAUCGUGAAUAUGAUCGGAUAAUUUGCACUUAUACUCUUUUCUGUUUUCAGUUUAUAAUAUUUUGGCACCUGUUACACGUCUGAAAUGUAGCUGAAACAACACAAAGCUCAAUGCAGUAUCAUCAUUCCUUGUUUGUUCAGAGAAAGAGAAAUAAAGACAUUAUUUAAUUAUA